UAUAAACCGACAUCACUUUUAAACACGACUUUAGUAAUAGUACUCUAAACUCGCUGACUCUCCCUCUCUCUCCACUGUUCCGAAUCAAAAUUGAGUUCAGAGCUAACUUAAAGCGUGCCUACUCUCCGACGAAGGCGCCGCCUACUGGUGGAAGAAGAAUCAGAAGAAAGUAUAAGCAUCACUUAUGGAAGAAGAGAGUUCUGGAAGGAUCCUGACUGAUGCCGACGCCGUCCGAGCGCCGCCCGCAGGAUUCCGCUUCUCCGACUACGGCUACAUUGGAUCUGCCGGCAUUGCGCUUGCCACAGUAUCAUACCUGAUAUGGACAUGUCCUCCUUACAAUUGGCUGCAAUCAGUGAAUAUCCAUUACUAUCCAAGCAGGUAUUGGGCGGUAGUCCCUGUGCCGAAUUAUGCAGUGGUGGUUACAAUUGUAGUGGCAAUUGGAUUUUAUAUAGGCCUCACCUUCACGGCUUCUCCUCCUCCUCCAACUCUGAAGUCUCUGUUUGAUGAAUGCAGUGAGGAACUAUUAGGAAUCAUCCCUGCUCCAGAUGAUUAUCAGCUCAUCGAGAAUCUACCAGAUAUUUGACAUUUUAAAUUGAACUGAGAAA